ACACGUGCUCGGCUGCGGUGCGUUCGACGGUUGAUCGGUCUGGAGUGGCGGCACGGUGGAGUAAACACAGGCAUUAUUGACAAGACCGUUUCAAGCUGGAGUGCAACGGCUGCAGUGCAAUCGGGCGACUGCUCCACAGGAACGACUAUAAACAUAUCAAUCAAUUUUCACAUUGAUUAUAUCGUAAAAAGAUCAAUUGGCAGUUUAUAAUUAUAUAGAUAUAAUCAAAGAUCCGAUUAAUAUCACAGAAUAUAAAUAUCAGAAUUGGUAACCUGAAUUGCACAAAAAGUGGAACACCCAGCCUAACUAUAAAACUCGUCAUCUUAUAGUACAGUCACCUGCAGUUUCUUAACGUUGAAACAUCAACCACAAGAAAUGGAUACAAAUAUCCUCCGCAGUAUUUUCAUCUUUAACUCAGCAAGCAUCUUAUUCAUGGGAUUAUUGAUCAAUUUGUUGGAAUCUCAUUUACCUUUAUUGAUAAAGAGCAUAUUUCUCUAUGGCAAAUUUGGUAUAAAAACGCCUCAUCAAAUAGCAACAAAAUUUGAAGUGCCAAAAAGGUGGUUUAAACAUUUUUACAUUGUUUGUGCACCAGUACUGACUAUUGCUCUUUGUUUAAUUUUGUACAAAUAUCUUUGUAAUGGAUAUGUACCUGAAAUUGUGUUAACAUUAUCAGACAUGUUAUUAGGAGCAUCAAGAAAACCAUUAAUAUCAGCAGAAGAUGCAAUUCUGGCUCUUGUUGUUUACAAUAUACAUUGCUGGAAAAGAGUAUAUGAGACAUUUUAUGUUAAUAUAUUUAGUGAUCAGAAAAUAAAUAUAUGCAUUUAUUUAAUUGGAUAUGUACAUUAUAUUGGACUGACACUGUGUAUAAUAGGUGAAACUGAAGGAUUUGUUAAAGAUUCACAUGGAGAUGUGUUUCUCCACAAAAUCACACCUAUAAAAUUAGUUUGUGCGCUUAUUUGUUUAUGGUCGUCAUAUAUGCAAUUAAAAACCAAUUUUAUUCUUGCAAAGUUGCGUAAAAAUACGCAUGGUGACAUCGUAUCCCUUGAACAUAAAAUACCAUCUGACGGUCUGUUUAAAUAUAUAGCAGGCCCAUUGCAAUUAUGCGAAAUACUUAUAUAUUUAAUGUUGUCUGUAAUUCUUUGGCGAGCUUCUACAUAUCAUUAUGUUACUCUUUGGGUUAUAGUAAAUCAGGUGGAAUGUGCAUUUUUGUCUCAUCAAUGGUAUCGCAAGACAUUCAAAAAUUAUCCAAAAGAGAGAAGGAUUUUAAUUCCUUACGUAUGGUAAAUCUCUUUAAGAUAUACAUGAUUAUAGUACGAUACAAUUUUUAAAAAUUUAUAUGAUGAAAACAAUAUGACUCAAUAUUUUUUGUAAUAAGCAUACUGAAUAAAUAGGUUCAAUGAA